AUGGCACAAGUUAUCGGCGACGUAGCUUUGGCAGAGCUCUUGAAGAAGCUCACUGCAUUAUCUGGGAAAGCCUUAAGGUGUAGAGGCGACGCCGGAAAUCUCGUCACCAUGAUCGGAGAUAUUCAACCGAUCAUAUACGAGAUCCAACACAGUGGCGUAGUGCUGAGAUUUCUUACUGGAUCAUAUGAUGCUGGCUUUGGUGCCAUUCUUCGGGAAUCCAUUGGUCAAACACAGAAGAAGCUAGUGAUCCUUGAUGAUGUUUGGACAAGGGAAUCUCUGGACCAGCUUAUGUUUAAAAUCCCUGGAACCACUACUCUUGUGGUCUCACGGUCUAAACUUGCAGAUCCUAAAAGGACUUAUAAUGUGGAGUUACUAAAUGUAGAUGAAGCAACAUCUCUGUUUUGUCUCUCUGCUUUCGACCACAAAUCUGUCCCUUCUGGUUUCAAUAAAGAUUUGGUCAAGCAGGUUGUUAAGGAAUGUAAAGGUUUACCUUUAGCUCUGAAAGUUGUCGAUGCUUCAUUGAAAAAUCAAACUGAGAAAUAUUGGGAAGGUGUAGUGAAGAAGUUAUCAAGAGGUGAACCUGCUGAUGAAACUCAUGAGAGGCGAGUGAUUGCUCAAAUCGAAGCAAACCAGAGAAUGUUUCUUGGAUAUGGGUGCUUUCCCUGA